GCAUAUUUGGCUGAUUAAUUUAGUUGGCCAUUUCCACCAUUUUUGAUCUGCUCUUCAAUCACAAGAAGAAGACGAAGAAGACGAAGAAGAAGCAAUUCGCCAAAUGUUAGGCACUGUGAAUCUAGUUAUGGGCUCUUCUUCAGCCGCCAUGCUUACUUCAACGCAGUGUACUUCUAUGAAGUCUCUUGCGAGUUUCAGGAUUGGUCACCAUAGCCACUGCCGAGCACUUUCGCUGCCUUCGGGAUUACCGUCUGCUUCUGGUUUUAGCUCCUGCUUCUUCGCUUCAAGACGUUCUUCGCCGGCCGCCGUUAACGAUCAAAUAGUGUCCUCUGAUUCGGCAGACGAGCAAGAAUCGAACAAGUACUAUUUUGUAGUUGCAAAUGCGAAGUUCAUGCUCGAUGAGGAGGAGCAUUUCAGGGAGCUUCUCUUCGAGCGGCUUCGCUACUAUGCCGAGCGUAACAAGGAGCAGGACUUUUGGUUGGUGAUUGAGCCUAAAUUCUUGGAAAGGUUUCCAAAUAUCACCAGGAGAUUGCAGAGACCUGCCGUUGCUCUUGUUUCAACCAAUAGUACCUGGAUCACGUUCAUGAAGCUGAGACUGGACCGAGUUUUAGCCGAAAGCUACGAAGCCGAUAGCUUAGAACAAGCAUUGGCUUCUAACCCGACCAACAUCGAGUUUGAGAAGCCCGAAAAAUGGGAGGCUCCCUACCCCAAGUAUGAAUAUGGAUGGUGGGAGAUUUUCUUGCCGCCAGUGACAAAAACAGAAGCAGAAGCAAAACUGUAAGCUGUGUGUGAUUUUCUUCAUCUUUAAUCAAUUAUAAUUUGGAUGGUGUGAGGAUUUGAUAAACCAUUUGUAGUUGGAAGGCAGUUUUUGAUUAUUCUAAUGUGGUAAAUGAGUAUGAUCAACGAUCAAGAAUUGACAUGUACCUCGAUUAUGAUUUGAAUCCUGAAUCCUGCAAGUAUAGUACAUAAUUUAAUUAGUUA